UUUCAUAACUUCGAGGAGAAAGAGUUUAGAUUAUUAAAUUAUAAAACGUGAUUUUGUAAUCGGUAAGCGUUAGGUAAAAAUGGGUUUAGGGAAGAGAGUUAUCGUAUCUUUGGUACUUAUGGCUAUUGUAACGAAUUGUUGUGUCAAAGCCACCAUUGCAGAAGACGUGGCUAAGAGUAAAUCAUGGACUGAUUGGGCCAAGGAGAAGAUCGGUCUGAAGCAUGAAGAGAACAUCCCCACCACUCACACCACCUCAACGGUCGAAGACAACGCUUGGGAAGCGACUGAUAAGGCCAAGGACGCUAAGGACGCCGCCAAACGCAAGGCAGAGGAAGCCGUUGGAGCUACUUACGAGACAGCAAAAUCGAAAGCAGGCGAAACUAUUGGUUCCUUGAAAGACAAGGCAUGGCAGAGCUAUGAUUCAGUAGGUCAAGUUAAAGAUGACUUGCCUCGCAAGUCAAAACAAGUUAAAGACAGUUUCUCGGGAGAUAAUAGCGAUAAGUCAUGGACUGAUUGGGCUAAAGAGAAAAUCGGAAUCAAACACAACGAAAACUACCCUAACAUGGGGGACACGGUGUCAGAGAAGGCUAAAGAAGCAAAGGACGCAGCCACACGCAAAGCGGGAGACGCUAAGGAGAGGUUGGAAGAAACGGUUGAGGCGGCUAAGGAGAAGGCUAGCGAUCUGACGAGUGCGGCCAAGGAGAAGGCCGAGAAGUUGAAGGAAGAAGCGGAAAGUGAGAGUAAGAAUGCAAAGGAAAAGACUAAAGAACACUACGAGACUGCAAGAUCCAAAGCUGAGGAGACUUUGGAGUCUGCGAAAGAUAAAGCGUCUCAAAGCUAUGACUCAGCUGCUAAGGAAUCAGAGCAAGCUAGAGAUAACUUGUCGCACAAGUCAAAACGAGUUAAGGAUACUAGCUUCAAUGAGGAGGAUGAGCUCUAGAAUGUGGUGGAACAAAUUUCAAAGAG